CCAGGAAAUGAUGACGCUCAUCUGUGGAGUGUCGCCGUGUUGUCAGCUGCUGCUCGCGGAGGAACUCAGAGGAACUCAGAGGACACGUUUCCUCUUCUAACGCCAUAACUAACUCACUCCAUCUUUAUUAUUACUGUCUGGCAUUAGAAUAAAGCGUCGUCAUGGAAACCGCGUGUACAGUGAGGAUGAGGACGUGCCGCUGAUCGGAGACUGAAAUAAUAAUAAUAAUAAUAAUAAUAAUAAUAAUAAUAAUAAUAAAACUGCUGAUUUGAAAUAAGGAGUUUAAAUCACACACUGAUUAUAAUUUUUAUUUAUUUAUUAUUGUUAUUUAUUUAUUUUUAAAAAAAAACAUCAAUCACCAGAAGUCAGCUUUAACUCUCACGAUGAACGUGGGCACGGCGCACAGCGAGGUGAACCCUAACACACGUGUGAUGAACAGCCGGGGCAUGUGGCUGUCCUACCUGCUGGGCAUCGGCCUCCUGCACAUCAUCCUGCUCAGCAUCCCGUUCGUCAGCGUGCCCGUGGUGUGGACGCUCACUAACCUCAUCCACAACAUGUGCAUGUAUCUCCUGCUGCACACGGUAAAGGGGACGCCGUUUGAGACCCCGGACCAGGGCAAGGCUCGGCUUCUCACUCACUGGGAGCAGAUGGAUUACGGUGUGCAGUUCACCGCCUCACGCAAGUUCCUCACCAUCACACCGAUUAUACUGUACUUCCUCACCAGCUUCUACACCAAGUACGACCGGAUCCACUUCGUCAUCAACACGGUGUCUCUGCUCACCGUGCUCAUCCCCAAGCUCCCUCAGCUGCACGGCGUCCGGCUCUUCGGGAUUAACAAGUACUGAAGAUGCUCUCCGCUCGCUCCUCGAACCCCGCGCUCUCCAGGUCAACACGUCCGAGGUUCAGAGGUUUUUUGAUGAAGCGCAGCAGGCAAUGUUGAGAAAGGGACACCUCGGCGCGAGUCACUUAACGUGAUGAUGAUAACCGUUCCCUUGUGUUUUGACGUAACGGGUUCUGAAGGCUGAUUGUGAGGGAGAGCUUGUGGAGGCGUCGUGCAUCGAUUUGACCAGGAUUUCUUUCUUUUUUUUUUUUUUUUUUUCUUUUCCCCCCUAACCCGAGUCUACGCUGUUACGUUCGGCCGUUUUCGAACGCAGGUGCUGUGGAGAAAACGUACCAAAGCGCAGGAAGAGCGGUGUUACGGUGUUCCCACUAACCCGAAAAUCCCAAGCGCGAGAGGAAAAAAAAAAAAUCGCUCGGAUCUAAUUCCUUCCUUUCGUGGACUUUUCAUAGACGUUGGAUGUCCGUGCGAUUAGCUUUUAGCUUUGCGGAUCCACUUUCGGUCGAGGAGGUUACGCUAACCGAAGUGACGGUGUACGAUUUCGCUUUCUUCCUCACAUUUCUAGUGUCCUGCUACAGCAUGUCGUGUACGGUUUGCACAUUUGUUCAAAGUAUGACAAGGGCCACUAUUCAUUUAAAAUUUUAACCUUUUAUUAUGUCCAGCCAUACACCACACUUUAGGAGACGGUCUAGGGUGGAUUCAUUUAAUCCAUCGAUUCUACAUUCUUGUCUUGGGUCAUCUCUGAUUUUAAGUACGCGCAACGUAGAGUAAAGUCUGAAGUAAAGUCUGUGCUUUGUAAAGCCUCGAUCGGUCGAACGGUUCAGGGUCGCACCAGACUCUCUGAACCGAGAAACCGAGGGCACCGUUUUCCAGGAACAAUUAACCGUCAAAUAUUUUUAGUAACCGGUCCUGGACGGAUACAGUUAGGUUCAAUCAUUUAGGACAGUGUUUCCCAACAGGGGAUGCUUCUGGACCAUCAACUUCAUCCUCAUGUAGCUAACGCUGCCUAGCGUUAGUGUUUCUGUAGGGUGGCACAAAUUUUUGAACACUUUCAAAGGGUGCCGUGACUGAAAAAAGCUUGGGAAACACUGAUCUAGGACCAUCGCUAUGUAAGGAAUAACACACACGAGGCUGUGUUGUUAAAGGAAAAUAAUCCACGACAUGGCCCAAAGCAAAGUGGAGUUAAUGUUCUCACCCUGGAGUCCUGCUACAGCGAUUUGCCAAUCAUGACCAUCUUUAAUUUACUAACGAGUGAAACGUCACGCUUUUUAUCCGUUUAUAGGUACCUCUAAUCUUUUUGCAGCUGUGAAGAGUUGUUCUCUCGCCAGCUUUGCUCUCUCUCUCUCUCUCUCUGGAAGUUAGAGGCGGCUCGCAGCUUGGCAUGUUGCCGAGAAUCCGCAAAGCGUAAACUCGUCGAGUCUGAACACUUUCCCCUGGUGGAAUUUUACAGACGGUUACAGAGUUCUGACGCUGGAAACUCCUUCUGUCGUGCGGUAAAAGCCUCCUAAUAGAAAUCUUAAUCAUACGAACGAUCUGUUUUUCCUCGUUCGAUUAAGAAACGUUUAAAAAAUAAAAAUAAAAAAAUAAAUUCUGUUUAUUUUUCUUGGAUCAUGUGGCGCAUCCGUCACUCAAGUCCUUGUGAGUGGUCGCUAUAGAAACGAGCAUGCACCGGAAGAUCAGUUAAUCAGAUUAAUCAGUUAAUUCGAGAAUUCAGCGGCGCUCUGAUAUAAUACAUGACAAUUCCAAUUUUUUUUUUUUUUUUUUAAAUCUAAUCUUAAUGGAUUGGACAACCUGUUAUGAUGGCGUAUCUCCCUAAAUGUUGUUCAUUUAUAACAUAAAGACUGAAUGCUUUCUUUGCUUUGCUGUUUGUUUCAUGAUUUGAAUGAAUGAUCGCCGCUCAGGGGCGGGGCUUAGUAGUAGAAGAGUAUGGUCGUCGGAAAUCCGACCCUAAAUCAUCUCUCCUGCGCGUCUAACUCGGCGAACGAGUGUGUGCCGAUGAUCAUAUCGACCCGCUGGGGUUUCAGCGCGUGUGAAACCGAUCCAGGCGCUGGGCUUCGAAUAGGACAGUGAAUGUGAUUGGUUGAAAUGUUCACGUUACUUCCUGUUUCGGUUUCACAGCGUUGAAGAAAUUCAGCGGGUGAUCAGAAAAGGCGUUCAAACUAAACAGAUUACAGAAUCGACCAUUAUUUCAGUCGACAAGGGAACGGCUUUGUCCCGCUCAAUUAUCUCGUAAGUCGGUCGGCUUGUUCUUACGACCCGGUCCAGGACAGGCAGUAACCGGAACAAUAAUACAGAGAUGACGAUCCACUGCGAAAUCUCCGUUAAUCAAACUGCGUACACAAAAGCAAUGCCUGGAAUUCCACAAGCGACCCACGGUUCGGAUGGAAUACGAGAAAGCAUACUGGGAUUAUGAGCCCCGCCCCUAAACGAGCCUAAAAUGCUGGGUACUGGGCGUGGACGUUCGGUAUCCGAGUGUGAAAACGACCGCAGGAGGCAGAAUUUUUACAAUUCGGACAGAUUCCGCGCGUACCACGUUGUCGGGUCCGGUUCUUGGGCGUGAUUAGUGUAAAUCCGUGGAGUUUAAUUAGUGACCUCACACACCGAUCGCGUAUCUAGCCCCGCCCCCGGGGCAGCUGUACUAAGUCUGAUCUAACAACAUAAGAUAAAUUAGUAGCAGGUUUGAGCUGUAUAAUCUGUCUAAAUGAUUAUUUUUCUUCAGUUCAUUUAUAAGAAUAAUGACACUCCCAGAAUCGAUCCUGGGUCCAAACCCUAAGUGUGAAACUGCUCAAACUCCUCCUCUUUUUUUUUUUUUUUUUUGGGUCCUGUGGGUAAACAGUAUUUCCUGUGCAUUUAGUUAAAGUGGUGCAUGCAAUCUGCUGAACUCUGUUCCGUCUGCUCCGGCAGCUCACAUCCUGUUUUAGAAGUACGACAGAAACAGAAACGCAGUGUUUGUGCACAGGCGUGGAGGUGGGCGGGGGUUAUUUUUAGAGUCUGGCUCGCAUCGUAUCAUUGGUCAGUUUCUCUUACUAUAUAUAGAAAGCCUCGUUUUGUCUUGUCAAAGCAGAAACGGCGAAAUGACCCGAGCCAGCCUCUUGGUUUCAGUUCCUUCAGUUCAGACCGCGCAUCACAGCGAGCUCAGUAACGGGAUGUAGCGAGUUUAAUGGCGCCGGCGGGGGGGAUUAGUGAUAAAUAGUAGAGAGAAAUAUGUACAUGUCCAUACAUUUUCAUAUGUGAAAGAAAUCAGUAUUCUAUGACCCAUUAUUAUUUCAGUAAUACAUUCACAGCAAGAAUCCAGUGUUUGAUCUCACAGUACACGUUCAGCACGGGGUUUUAAAACGAACUGCACGGAGAACGUGGAAACGUUUUAAAAUGACCGUGCCUCAAAGCAGACGUUUCUAAUACUUCUCAUUAUGAGAUUAUUAUAUAACAGAUGACGUACAAGGAAUAAAACACAGCAGGAUGUGCCGCUAGAGGAAGACCGUUCACCAUAACGGCACAACCCGAAGUGGUUUACUGAUCCUUCAGUGCUUCAAUUACAUUCAAUUACAAUCACAUCGUGUGUACGUUUCAUCCGUUUAUUGUUGCAUUUAAUUGUGAAGAAACCACUAACUUGUCCGUCCUGAGGAUUUCCAAAAAAGAGUUACCGCUCUGACUGUUCUAAAGCGCUGACACUGGAGACUCCUUCCAUAAAUGUUAACCUGCGUUUGAAAACAAAAACAAAAAACGUUUAUGAAAAGUCCUUGGGAAUUCGCUGUUACUAUAGAAACUUUAACGCAUCCGGAUAAAAAGGUCAUUUGUACCUGAGCUUCUGUCAGAGCUGCUGCCAUGGAUGAUUAAUCAACACCUUCUGACCAAUCACAGUCCAGAAUUCAACAGCACUGGUAUUUAUAUCUAUGUAUAUUAGCUUAUUCUACUGGGAAAUCAUUUUGCUUUUAGAAAUAAUCUUGAAAUAAUCUCAGAGUGCUAAUGUAAUGUCAUGUAAUAUAGAACUGACUCGUCCUCAAAAGUCUUGAAGUAUAAAAGCAGUAAAAAUAUAUAAGCAAAUAAACAAACAAAUAAAUCAUUUCAUACUUAAAAAGAAAA